GUUCACUUCAGUAUCUCGGAGCGCAAUUUAACUGGUCAAGGUCGUGCGGUCACUUGCUGUUUCAUGAUAAGGCUCAGCCAGUUGUGGUGGAGUUCAAAGAACAUCAAGUCCUCUCUCUCAUGGCGAUCAAGUAAACUGAUAAAUAACUACCGGUUACGAUUUCCUCCUCUUCUUCGGGCUCAGGAGAAAAAUCCACCAGGAAAGACAUCUAGAAAUGGGGAAAGUAAAGAAGGCCAGACGUCCAAUAAUCCUAAAUUUGAACUGCGAUUUUCCUUCAGUCGGAAAGUACCUGAUCCACCUGGUGGAUGGCCUGUCGCAUCAUGGGUAUUUCUGGGCGCUGUUGGCUUAACUUGGGUUGUUUAUUACAACGUGUCAAUGUACAAAAAAGUUGAUUGGAAGGAGUUCACCGACAAUUUAUUACAAAAGGGCGCUGUUCAUCAUCUGGAGGUGGUAAAUAAAUCUUGGGUGAGAGUCCACCUUCAACCGGGUGCAAAUUUCGAAUCAUACGGAUCUAGUGACCCUGGAAAGAAGAUCUUCUGGUUUGAAAUAGGCUCAGUUGACUCUUUUGAACGCAGUCUACGAGAUAUGGAAGCGCAUAUGGGAGUGGAUCCGUUGCAUAGAACAUUUAUAACUUACAGCACACGCUUAAAACUAUCAGAUGUUUUGUACGGACUCUUUUAUGUUUCUUUGUUCCUAAUGGCUGCGUAUUCUCUACGACCUACAUCUGGUGGUGUUGUACGAAAGUCAGGAAUUGGUUCAGGGUUAUUCAAUUUUUCGCAGACCCCUGUACGUUUAAUAGAAAAAGACAAAAUUGGUGUACGCUUUGCUGAUGUAGCGGGUUGUGAAGAGGCGAAACUUGAGAUUAUUGAAUUCGUAAAUUUCCUCAAAAAUCCAGGAAAAUACGAGGCAUUGGGAGCCAAGAUUCCUCGUGGCGCUAUUCUGAAAGGCCCUCCUGGAACGGGAAAGACUCUUUUGGCUAAGGCAACAGCAGGCGAGGCGAACGUUCCAUUUUUGUCUGUCUCUGGAAGUGAAUUCCUCGAAAUGUUUGUUGGUGUUGGACCCAAAAGAGUGCGUGAUAUGUUCGCGUCUGCACGUGACAAAGCUCCCUGUAUACUGUUUAUUGAUGAGAUAGAUGCUAUUGGUGGAAAGCGCUCUGGAACAGCGUUUGGUCACCAAGAACGAGAGAAUACCCUGAAUCAGUUACUUGUGGAAAUGGAUGGGUUUACUACUCAAGAGAAUGUGGUCGUCCUGGCUGCAACAAAUCGUAUUGAUAUCUUAGAUCCAGCUCUUUUACGACCUGGACGUUUUGAUCGUCAAAUCUAUGUAUCAUUGCCUGAUAUUAAAGGUCGUGCAUCAAUAUUUAAGGUACAUUUGAAACCAAUUAAAUUAGCCGAUGAUAUACAACUUGUAGCUCGUAAAAUGGCUGCACGUACGCCUGGAUUUUCUGGCGCAGAUAUUGCCAGCGUAUGUAAUGAAGCGGCUUUAAUUGCUGCACGUGAGAAUGCUAACAAUGUCAAUUUGAUUCAUUUUGAUAAAGCUAUUGAUCGUGUUAUUGCUGGUCUGGAGAAGAAGAGUCAAGUUUUACAACCUGAGGAGAAAAAGACAGUCGCAUAUCAUGAAGCAGGACAUGCUGUUGUUGGCUGGUUUUUAGAACAUUGCAAUCCUCUGCUAAAAGUCUCCAUAAUUCCACGUGGUAAAGCUUUAGGCUAUGCACAAUACCAACCCAGAGAUAUAUAUUUGCAUACUAAAGAGCAAAUGUUGGAUGAAAUGUGUUUAGCACUAGGUGGUCGAGCAAGUGAAGAAGUGUUUUUCGGUAAAGUAGGAAGUGGUGCAGUCGAUGAUUUACAACGCGUCACCCGUUCAGCAUAUUCACAAAUUGUUCAACUAGGCUUCAGCUCAAAAGUUGGCCUACUAAGUUUUGACUUACCACAACAAGGGGAUAUGGUGCUUACUAAACCGUACUCUGAGCAUACAGCACAAAUAAUUGAUGAGGAAGUCAGACAACUUGUUCAAUCUGCAUACGAAAGGACAUUAGCCAUACUAAGAGACAAGAGAAAGCUUGUUGAAGAACUGGCUUUACGUCUACUGGAAAAAGAACAGUUGCAGAAGGAAGACCUAAUUGAAGUACUAGGUCCAAGGCCGUUUGCUGAAAAAAGCACUUACGAAGAACUUGUUGGUCCUGGCUCCUUGGACGAAGAUGUAUCGCUACCUCCUGGACUAAAGGAUUGGAAUAAAGAACCAGAACCCGAAGCCAAACCUUCUUAGUACUUGAUUAAGUCUAGUUUGUAUACUUGUCCCAAUAGUCUGACUUUUUCAUUAUUGUGUUUACAAAUAGCAAUUCAAAAAAGAAAAUAAUGUGUAAAGUCAACUUUCAGUUUUCACCAGUACUUGCUUACUGCUUCAUUGUCUUAAUCUCGUUACAUUUUUUUGGUGGUUGUUAUUAUUUGCAAGUUUAGAAAUUGGUGUUUGACUACUUCGCAAGCAUAUCAGUACUUCUAUUGUUGAUUGUAGAGUUGAGUCUUAAGCUUUUAUGCAGAUAUACAUUGGUAUAUUGUGAUUUUCUUAAUAUCGUCUCUAUAGACGCUUUGUUUGCUGAUCAUUUUACAUUUUAAGUGUUGCGUAUCACUGUCGUGCGAUAAUCUGAACGUUUAGCUUGUAAAUACAGCAUUUUUCAAAGUAGGGACUAUACUGAAGAAAAUAGUGCAAGUUUUCUGUGGUCGCUUGUUCCUAGCCAAAUUAAAGGUAAAAGCAGGAUUCUAGAACUGAUUAGGUUUUUGGAAAUUAUAUUUCACCGAUUAUUCAAUCAUCUCAUAAUGCCGCGAUCUUCGCAGUUUUCUCUGUUAAUGACCGAUAUAAUCCUCAUGACAUACAUCUAGUGUACAAGCUGCGUUAAUUUCUUCACACUGAGGAUGUGCAACAUUGGUCUAUGCGUGCCAUUACUUUGUAAGCUAGACUGUUAGAAGGCAAAACGUUCUUAUUUGUAGUUGGUCGCGAUAAGAGUCAGUAGAG